CUUCAUCCCAGUGUUUGUUCUGAGGGCUGUGGGGAGGACAAAGUCUGAGCCUCAUGAAGAAGGGCUCAGCUAAUCUCAGGGAAUCAAACUGCCUGCUGCUCCUUCCUGGACAAAACUCACUGCUCUCCAUGGCUCAUCAGGAACCCAAGGGGCCUGAUGUCUACCAGGAGAAUUUUGAGCCCACAUGCUACCUGGACUAUUACAGGAUGAACCAGGAUCCCAUUGGUGAUGAAGUCCUCCAUUUCCUGCUAAAACACUACAACGCCACUUUUAAACCAGGUGGACUGGAAGGAAAACUCUUGAUUGACAUUGGCUCUGGGCCCACCAUCUACCAGUUCCUCUCUGCCUGUGAGUCUUUCCAAGAGAUCAUCGCCACUGACUACACAGACAAGAACCUCCAGGAGCUGGAGAAGUGGCUGAAGAAGAUGCCAGGGGCGUUUGACUGGUCUCCAGUGGUGAAAUACGUGUGUGAGCUUGAGGGGAACAGAGACAAGUGGGCCGAGAAGGAGGAGCGCGUAAGGAGAGCCAUCACACGGGUACUCAAGUGUGACGUCCUGAAAGAGAGGCCCCUGGAGCCCGCGGUCCUGCCGCCCGCCGACGGCCUCAUCUCCUCCCUGUGUCUCGAGUCUGCCUGCCCCACCCCGCAGGCCUGACGGGAUGCCCUGCGCCACCUCAGGACCCUGCUCCGGCCCGGGGGCCAUCUGGUGCUGAGCGGGAGCCUCGAGACCACCUUCUUCAUGGUGGGGGAUAAGAGGUUCCCGGCUCUGCCCCUGAACGAGAAAUUCCUGCGGGAGGCCCUGCAGGAGGCCGGCUUCAUCAUCAAGAAGCUGGAGAAGGUUGCUCGGGCCGCUGAGACCCACUUGGAUAACCGCAGUGACUACACAGGGCUGUUCUUCCUGGUGGCUCAGAGAGGGGACUAGAGGAGCGGGGGCGGGGGGCGGGCUUGGGGCCAUCCCUCUGCCAUCUCCUUCCUCUUCAUUUCGCCAGCUUCACUUCUAACACUUGCUGGCAAAUGAUCCCCAGGUCAAUCGGGAUGCUUCUCCCAGAGAGGUUUAUAAUGUAUUCCACUAAUGGCCCUGGGCUGGGAAAAAGAACUGGACCAGAGAAAUAAAGCUGUGUUUCCUUC